GUUGUGAUCCGGAAGAAAUGACGAUACAUACAAAGAAGAAGAAAAAAAAAAUGCAAGAACUAAACGGAAGUAGUCUGCAUUAGAGGAAAACUCUUGUAACGGGUUUGGAUUCUUUGUCGAGGCCACCCGGUAAAAAGAUCUUUAACAAUGGUGAAGAUCUUUGUGGGAAACCUGCCCCGAGAGGCGGACCAGGAUGAAAUCAAGGCACUGUUUACCCAGUACGGCACAGUCACCGAAUGUGCAAUCAUCAAGAACUACGCCUUCAUCCACAUGGAUGACCGCAAGGCUGCAACAAAAGCUAUUAAGAAUCUGCACCUCUACAAGCUUCAUGGCACACCAAUCAAUGUGGAGGCCAGCCACGGGAAGAACCAGGGUUCAGUCAAACUGCAUGUAGCCAAUGUAGAAAAGGGAGCAGACGACGAGCUCCGUGCUCUCUUUGAAGAGUAUGGCACAGUCACAGAGUGUGCUGUUGUCAAGAAUUUUGCUUUUGUACACAUGCCCAACUCUGACGAGGCCAUGGAUGCCAUCAAGGGACUGGACAAUACUGAAUUUCAAGGAAAACGCAUCCAUGUCCAGAUUUCUAAGAGCCGCCCCAGACACGAUGAACGGGAUGACUACCCUCCUCCUCCCCCAGACAGGGGUGGCUAUUGGCCCCCUCGUUACCCAGGAGAGCGGCAUGAGCCUCCCCCCCCACCCAGCUACAUGAGAGGCCGCCUCAGCCAUAUACCCCCAGGUUACCCCGCCCCUCCUCUGCCACCCCCUCCCCCUAGACGAGCCGUUUAUCCUGACCGUCCUUAUGAGGGUGAGAGGGACAGAUAUGGUGUGGUAGAUUACUAUGAGAAGUACAGAGCCCGUCCGUAUGGCAUCGCCUCCUACGAGGACCAACGUGCUGGCGCCCCUCCUCCCCCUCCCCCCCCAGCCGUCGUCCGAGACCGUCUUAUGACCUCGUCGCUUGACCCGUAUGAGCGUCGUCCCCUCCCACCUCCUCCGUCUUCGUACUAUCCCCGAGAUCGCAGUCCCCUCAGGAGAGCGCCUAGCGCGCCAAUGCCCCCCGCCAGUAACGGCUACUCCUACGAGCGCUCACGACUCUCUCCGGUUUCCCGAGUCCCAGCAUACGGAGUUCCACGCGCCAGGGACCCCUACGCAGAACGGCUGCCUCCGCCACCGCCUGCACGCUACGCUUAUUAAGCCAAGCCCUGGCAUGUAAAGGAUCGUCGUCCGACUGCGUCGCCGCUCGCCGCCUCCUGAUGCACGUGACACUAUCCUCUUCUGUCUGUGGCUGAGCGCGUUACGUUCUCCUGCGGCGCUCACAGGAGGAACUGAAUUGCCGACGUCCACGUCUGAUUUUGUUUUUAUUAUUUUGGGACAGUUUUUACUCGUUUUUCUCCUCCCUGAUUGUUUUAGUUUCCUAUUGUGCUGUAGCAUUUUUUUAUGCUUGACGUCUUAAUUAGGCGGUUUUUUUUAUUUGUACUUUUACGUUUGAAAAAAAUUAGUGUUCUGAUGUUGUGUGUGACCUUAGAAAGCUGAAUAAUUUCAGCAGCAGUCAAGGCGAUACUUGUGACUGUAGAUUUAACUGAACUGUAUCAUGUUUGGUAUUAAAUCUAAUCUGCACGUUGGUUCCAUUGUGUUACGCUUUCCCAUCGAAAACCAAACCUCCAUUUGGCGUUGCUGUGAACAUUUAAACUGCUAAGACGUAGGGCUUUGACAAAUGUAGAAAGUAACUGUUAAUAGGACCGUUACCGCAAAGCGUUCACAUGUACCUGUCCAUUGUCGAACUUGUUUUUCAUAAACGGAUUUGUGCAGUAAUGUUGUUCACAGAUUUGCCCAAAAUCAUGCCCAGCGCUAAAACACCUCAUCAGUGUAACCGCUUGAAUUGCUUCGAUGACUCUACUAGGAUCUUUCGAAAAAAUAAUCAGCUCCUAUAAUUAAUGAUUAUCCGUUUAUUAAUGAUAGCACGUAUAACAAACUUGUUAAAAUCGUCACGCUGAUUAAAGAAAUCUCUCCUCUGGUCUUGUCUGGAAUGGUACAGCAUUUAUCAUUCAUCAGCGUACUUUUGGCUUGUCCCCUUCAGUGCCAAAACUUGAAACGUGUUCACAUUACAACUUGAGUGAAGAAGGGCGUAACACGCUUCACCAGGUGAGAUUUCAUAGCUGAGACUAGGUUACCUUGAAUCUGGGGGGAGAUGACAUCAAAGGCUGCAGGAGACCUUCAGAGUCAACAGGUAAGUCGAGGGCUUUAAGGACCACGGAAGUAGAAGGUACUACUGACAGCACAUGCUCACAUUGAACUUUUCUAGGUAAAUAUUACUAGUUUAGGCCUAUUUACUACAGAGGUUUGUAUCAGUGGAAAUUAACUUUGAUCAUUUACUAGUGUUAACAAGUACAUUGCCUGUACACACAGCUAUGUACGGAUAGUUACAUAUAUUUUGACAGGCCUUUUUAAGGCUCCGUCAGCAAGUGAAUACAGACUGCGGUCUUCAAAACCAGCAGGGUUUGAAGACCAUGGUCGUUUUUUAAAUUGGAAAUUUAGAGAAGCAGUCAGGCUGGCUUGGUUUCUUUAAGAUUGACACGAGUUGAGUUUGACUGAAUGGACUUGAAGAACGCAAAGUGAAGUCACACUUGGUCUUGCAGAUACAUACAGGAUUUUAAAAUCCUGGUAAAACAUGUAGUCAAUUAACAAUACAAUGGAAAUGCUAUUUUAACAGAUUUUACACAACAAUUUUGAUGAAUGACAAAAUUACAGUGCUUUGAAUUGUAUUGCUGUUUUGGAAGCUGACCUGCAUGAAUAAAAUAUUUCAAACAAUAA